CCCAGACGGAAUUUCUAAUCCUCAUCAAAUCUAAAAUCAAAUUGAGACGUUCCCUUCCCUCCUUCAACGUCAAAACCCUAAUCCGAUUUCCUCAACACCACACCCACAAAUUCAAUCAAAAUCAUGGCGGAAGCGACCGUAGAUGUCGGCGACAUCGAGAAGCUCUACGAGUACGGCGAGAGACUGAAUGAAGCCAAAGAUAAAUCCCAGAAUAGGAAGGAUUACGAGGGGAUACUUGCUGCUGCGAAUGGCAGUGUGAAAGCGAAGCAGCUGUCGGCGCAAAUGAUACCUAAGUUCUUCAAGUAUUUCCCUGAGCUUGCCGAGCAAGCUCUGGACCAGCAUCUGUAUUUGUGCGAGGACGAGGAGCUUGGUGUGCGUGUACAAGCUAUUCGUGGGCUUCCUCUAUUCUGCAAGGAUACUCCUGAACAUCUGACAAAAAUUGUUGACAUCCUCGCCCAACUUCUUAUUGCUGGAGAUAAUGUGGAGCGUGAUGCAGUACACAAAGCCAUUAUGUCCCUGUUGCGACAGGAUGUUAAGACAUCUUUAACAGCUUUGUUUAAGCACAUUGGUAGCACUGAUGAUCGAAGUGCAGAGGACCUCACUGCUUGUGAGAGCAUACGUGAGAAGGUUCUUUGCUUUAUUAGGGAUAAGGUGUUCUCCCUUAAAGAAGAGUUGUUGAAGCCUAAAGAUGAAAUGGAGAGGCAUAUAACUAAUUUGGUAAAGCAGAAUAUGCAAGAUGUAACAGCUGCUGAAUUUAAAUUGUUCCUUGACUUCUUGAAAAGCUUGACCUUGUUUGGAAAGGACGCUCCCGUGGAGCAUGUUCAAGAACUUGUUGAGAUUAUUGAAGGCCAGGCUGAUCUUGAUGCUCAGUUUAAUGUUUCAGACAGUGAUCACAUUAAUCGAUUCAUAUCCUGCAUACAAAUGGCCCUUCCGUUUUUUAUGAGGGGUGCUUCAAGUAGCAAGUUCUUCAAUUACUUAACUAAGCAAAUCAUCCCUGUUUUUGACAAGCUUCCUGACGAAAGAAAAUUGGACUUGCUAAAGAAUCUUGCUGAAUGUUCAUUAUAUGCAAGACCACAAGAGGCAAGGCAGCUUCUUCCAUCAGUAGUGCAACUUUUAAAGAAAUACAUGGUCCGGAGAAAGAUUGAAGAGAUUGAUUUUACAAGUAUUGAGUGCUUGUUGUAUGCAUUUCACCAUUUAGCUCACAAGACUCCCAAUACCACGAAUAGUCUUUGUGGCUACAAGAUUGUUACCGGACAACCUUCAGAUAGGCUUGGGGAAGAUUUCACAGAACAAUAUAAAGAUUUUACUGAGAGAUUAAGCACUACUGAGGAAUUAGCCAAGGCAAUGAAUAAGAAGCUGACACAGGGCAUGGCGGAGCAUAAUAAAGCAAUGGCAGCUGCAAAAACAGAAGAAGAAAAAGAAACAAUUAAGAAACAAAAGCAGAAUGCUACAGCUGGGCUCCGUACGUGCAACAAUAUACUAGCAAUGACACAGCCUUUGCAUUCGAAAGCACCUUCAUUUAUUGGGGGCCAGAAGAUCAGCUUUUCAUGGAAAGAAGCUACUAAAGUUGCAACGACUGCUGGUGCUGCAGGUCAAAAGAGAUCUGUUAAUGCUGGUAACGGAUCUGGCAUGAAUGCAAUGAAGAAGGCCCGAGGAGCUGGAGGUGUGCAAAACCAACUCGUUAACCGAGCUUUCAAGGGUUUAAACGAGGGGAGAGGCGGUGGAAGAGGUAGAGGAGGUUGGAGGGGACGCGGUCGAGGGAGAGGCUAUUAUUAACAAGCACCACACUGUUGCAUACCGUGGAAGUUUACCUAGGACAUGUAGUGCUUAAUUACUAGCUAGUCUUCUAGUUGUAUGGCAUUUGUCAGAGCUUUAAUAUUGUUAUGAUUAAGAUUAUGUUGACUUAAUUCUUUCAAAAAUAUCAGUGCCAUUAGUGUGAUGUAACAGAAUGGCUACGACUUCUUGUAUUGGAGCCACUGAUAUGAUGAUGCUGUUAUAAAGUUGAAUCCUUUGGAAAA